UACCUCUAGGCACGAACUUCAAACAUGGCUAACUGAUCUCACAAUCAUGAAAGGUCCAGUCCGAAGGGAAAAUGGCUGAUGUCGAUGAGGGCAGCCAAGCUGAAGGGAACUGAUGAUUGUGGACAUGAAGUAGAUCUUAUAUAUCAGGUUUUUAACAUAUUUUAGGCUCGAUUCUUUGCCCCACCAAGAUGGACUCCCGAGAUUAUGGCUUUGGUGCUAGGGGGCAGGAUGAAGGUGAGGAAGAUCUAAUGAACAUUCUUCUGAUCAAGGAAGAUGAAAUCAAUGAGGAUGAACGGUCUGUGGAAAACGACGGCAUGUUUGAAGCAACAAAGCAGAAAAGAGAUGAAGGUAGCGGAAGGAAGAGUUAUGAUGAUGUGUCACAUAUGGAUGCUGUGCUUACUUUCCCAAAAGACGUUCUGGAGAAAUCUGCUUGCAGGAAAGUGCCAUUUUCGAAAUCUUUAAGUUUUGCAGGGGAUGGUACUUACCAUACUACUGGCAGUUCUGAUUUUGAAGACUCGAUAUAUGAGAUGGCAUCUCCUUUAGUGGUGUCCGCAGUGGACUUGGGUUUCAUGGGUGGGGGGAUGGGUACGUUCAGCCAUUUAAGCUCAUCAAAGAUGAAAAGUGAUGACACACAUUCUCAUAGUUCGGCUGCUGUAUGGAGCUUAACUCAGUCCAGCCCAAUGCUAGCUUCCUAUUCACUUCAAGCCGGCCACAAUAGUAUGAGAUCUGCUCCGACUCAGACUCAAAGCACUUCAAAGACUCCGUCUACCUCAAAUAUCAAAUCAGCAUCAUUCUCCAAAUUUAAAAAGCAUAAAAGUAUUACACUGCCUGUGAGCAGCACUGCAACCUCCAGCAACGCAAAUUUUGCGGGUACGUUCUUCGACUGGUCUCCCACAUACCGUUCACCGGCCAUGUUGCCGUCAAUAAGCGACACCGCUCUGGCAGACGGUAGCAGCUCUAUGGAUACCCCCGACUCCGGCUUCUGCACGCCCAACCAGGACGGGCUGUUUGAUGUAGCGAGGACGACCCCUGGACAUUUUCUGGGUGCCAGCGCUUCUUCCGACUACGAUGGAACGCCGUCGGAGUUCGAUGGGUUCCUUCCCGACAACAUUGUGACGACGCCCAAGGCGAGACCUCUGCCACUGCGGCGUUUUAGGCUUGAGAAUAACAUGGAUGCUGCUCAGAAUGCGGACACGGCUAGCCAGGACAUUUUCUCUUGUGAAGAGGAAAGGAUGCAGACAGGAGAAGAUUCCCAGUUCUCGGAUUGUGCAAGCUCAGCGCAAGGUGGUUUGCCAGACGACUGCGUGGAGAUGGAGGACCUGGGGCUCCCGUCCUCUCUGGCGCUGUCCUUUGCCCAGUCCCAAAGUACGGAAAGGAUUAGAAU